AUGGAGAACGUUGAUCAAGAAUUGCCCAGGGUUUAUUGGGCUCCUUGUUCUCUGAACGGGCCGCGCUAUGGCCUAGUGGUCUUAAACGAGUCUAUAACAAUGAUUCGUUACCCUAAUCCAAAACCUGAGUAUGAUCCAACACAGGAUUUAAUGCAGAUAUGGAUAAUGAAAGAGUACGGUGUAUAUGAGUCUUGGAUCGAAAAAUACACAGUUAGACCUUUUCUUAUUGAAUCCCCAUUAGCAAUUUGGAAGGAUUGUUUGAUGCUUUUCCAAAGCAGAAAAGGGGUUUUGAUUUCCUAUGAUCUUAAGUUUGAUAAAGUCAAGGAAUUAGAUUUAAAUGGUUGUCCUGGAAGCUUGAGAGCUAUAAGUUUCAAAGAAAGCUUGAUACAAAUUCCACGUGGCACCGAGCACAGUACUCAAGUUCGAAAUUUUUAG